UCCGGGAUCCCGUGUAGUUCACGCUAGGGCCAAGCAUCCGUGCCAGUGUAAAGAGAGAGAAAGAGAGGAGUGAAGCCGGUCCGCUAGAUCUGGGAGCAAUGGCGGCGGCGCCCUCCUCGGAAGAGAAGGCCUCUCCAACCAAAGGCCCCAUCACCCACGUUAUCUUCGACAUGGAUGGCCUCCUCCUCGACACGGAGCCGUUCUACACGGUGGUGCAGGAGCGGAUCCUGGCGAGGUUCGGGAAGACGUUCGACUGGUCGCUCAAGGCGAAGAUGAUGGGGAAGAAGGCCAUCGAGUCGGCCCAUAUCUUCGUGGAGGAGUCCGGCCUCAACGGCCUCCUCACCCCCGAGGGAUUCCUCGAAGAGAGGGAGGGAAUGCUGCAGGAGCUCUUCCCCACUUGUCAGCUCAUGCCCGGAGUAAAACAUUUGGUGAAUCAUCUUCAUGCAAAUGGUAUACCGAUGUGUGUGGCAACAGGGUCCUAUAAACGACACUUUGAACUGAAAACACAAAAUCAUGGUGAAAUUUUUGCUAUGAUGCAUCAUGUUGUCAUGGGUGAUGAUUCAGCAGUAAAGAAAGGCAAGCCAUCUCCGGAUAUAUUUCUUGCUGCUGCAAACAGAUUUGAGGAAAAUGUGGACCCAAGUACAAUUUUAGUUUUUGAAGAUGCACCAUUAGGAGUAGUUGCAGCUAAGAAUGCAGGGAUGUCCGUGGUUAUGGUCCCAGAUCCAAGGCUGGACGUUUCUUAUCACAAAGAAGCGGACCAAGCUCUCAGCUCCCUAUUGGACUUCAAGCCGAGCGAAUGGGGCCUACCACCUUUUGAAGAUGUGGUGAAUUGAACCACCCAGACAGAUUUAAUUAUUUUUAGAUUUCUUUUUUUUUCUUGCGAUCAUGAUUUAAGUCAAUUGAAAACAUGUCAAUCAUUAUUAUUUUGCAAGAAUUGUUGAAUUUAUUUGAUCUUUGUUAGGCCACAAUGCACCUCCGACAAUAUCCCUCCCUUCAAUUUAAUCUGAUGCUCGUCAUCAAUGCAUGUCUCUAA